GCACUGGGGGCAGCUCUCCUGCCACAGCCCCUCACCCCCUGAAAAUGUACGCUUGCUCCAAGUUUGUUUCCAUCUUCUCCUUGGUCAGGAGCACUCAGCUGCUGAGCUGACCACUGUCUGCAUUGGAGUUGAAACGACCAGAGACACUGACAGAUGAGAGCCUCAGCAGCUUGGCAGUCCUGCGUCCCCUGAUCUCACUUGUCUCUAGCCGCAGCUUCCAAACCAGCGCCAUUUCAAGGGACAUCGACAAAGCAGCCCAGUUCAUUGGGGCUGGGGCUGCCACAGUUGGGGUGGCUGGCUCUGGGGUUGGGAUUGGGACUGUGUUUGGGAGCCUCAUCAUUGGUUAUGCGCAGAACCCUUCUCUGAAGCAACAGCUCUUCUCCUACGCCAUUCUGGGCUUUGCCCUCUCGGAGGCCAUGGGACUCUUUUGCCUGAUGGUGGCCUCUCCCAUCCUCUUGGCCAUGUGAAGGAGCUGUCUCCACCUCCCAUAAUUCUUUCUCCUGUGUCCCAUCUGUCCUGUAUGUUCCUUCUUCUAUA